AUGGCUUCUUCUCUAUCCUCCUAUGUCUUUGAUGAUGAAGGCAUGACUUGGAUUACCUGUGAUCUAUGUGCUGGAUCCUUCCAGCGUGGGUCCUUUACUGACUCUGAAGCAGUGGUUUAUGCCAGGCCUGUCAUGGAACCAAACUUCGUCGAGUUUCCUACAGCUAUCUCGCUACAGGAUCCUCCCCUCCCCAGGUCCAAGGAGGCACCACUCCUCCACCACCUCCUCCAUCCAGAGGUGGCCAGCAUGACCGUUCUCACGGAGGCUCAAGUGGUUUCAGUGUCUAUGGUCGCCGCUCUUGAUCACUUUACCUCAUGGCAGACUAUGGUCAGUCUUGCUAAGAAAUGUCUUUCAGGACAUAUAUAA